CGAACGUGAAAGAGACACGAUGGCGCUGAGAAGCCGAUCGUGCUGCACAAGACGGUCGUCGCCAUCCUGGAGGGAAUGGACGAGCCGAACCGUGAGCCAGGUACGAUGGCGCUGAGGAGCCGAUCGCACUGCAUAAGACGUUCGUCGCCAUCCUGGAGGGAAUGGGGCGAUCCGAACGUGAAAGAGACACGAUGGCGCUGAGAAGCCGAUCGUGCUGCACAAGACGGUCGUCACCAUCCUGGAGGGAAUGGGCGAGCCGAACCGUGAAGCCAGGUACGAUGGCGCUGAGGGGCCGAUCGCACUGCAUAAGACGUUCGUCGCCAUCCUGGAGGGAAUGGGGCGAUCCGAACGUGAAAGAGACACGAUGGCGCUGAGAAGCCGAUCGUGCUGCACAAGACGGUCGUCGCCAUCCUGGAGGGAAUGGGCGAGCCGAACCGUGAAGCCAGGUACGAUGGCGCUGAGGGGCCGAUCAUACUGCAUAAGACGUUCGUCGCCAUCCUGGAGGGAAUGGGGCGAUCCGAACGUGAAAGAGACACGAUGGCGCUGAGAAGCCGAUCGUGCUGCACAAGACGGUCGUCACCAUCCUGGAGGGAAUGGGCGAGCCGAACCGUGAAGCCAGGUACGAUGGCGCUGAGGGGCCGAUCGUACUGCAUAAGACGGUCGUCGCCAUCCUGGAGGGAGUGGGCGAGCCGAACCGUGAAGCUGGGUACGAUGGCGCUGAGGGGCCGAUCGUACUGCAUAAGACGGUCGUCGCCAUCCUGGAGGGAAUGGGCGAGCCGAACCGUGAAUCUGGACACGAUGGCGCUGAAGGGCCGAUCGUGAUACAGAAAAAUAGUGAUGAUCAUCUCAUGGCCCUCGGCCUGUCGGUGAGUGAUAAUCGUCUCGCGGCCCUCGGCCGUGCUGGUGAUGUGUCAAGUCUCUCUCCUGAUUGGCUGUGAGAAGCCGAUCGUCUGCCAGGACUCCAUCCGGGAAGGAAUGGUGAGCCUGAAAUAAAUCUGGGCGAUGUCCCUCCGUCUGAUUUGGGGAGCUGGUAUUCGUCGUCCACGGCAAAAGAAAGCCUGAUGUUUAGCCGAUCGUCGUCGGCCACUUCAUUCUUCGUACUUAAGUUUUGUAAUUAUUCUUUACAUAUGUUUUCUAGUUGGUACUUCCCGGCCAAUAGCGCCGAGGGAUAAAAUCAUUCUUUGCUCCGUGCUCUUCUGGCAUCUUUCUUUCUUUUUUUUUUUUUUUUUUUGGAGUCUUUUAGUCUUCGUUCGUCCUUGGUCCCUGGUCCUACCGGCGUCCCUACUUCGAGGAGACGUUCGGUGUCCGCCGACAUCGCAAGGAGGAACAGGUUUAUCUACAUCGAGAUUCCCCCUUUUUUUCGUUCGUCCGUGGUCCUUUUAGCCUUACCGACGUCUCUUGCUUCGAAGAGGACGUUCGGUACCCAAGGAACUCGCAGGGACGAACUGGUCUACCCUCACGGGUUCCCGUCUUUGUUAUCCCACGUCCAUCGAUCCAUGGUCAUUUGUGGGAUAAACAGGUUUAUCUUGGCAAGGCUCCCUUGGUUCGUCUAGCCCCCUCCGCGUCUCUACUAACCUCUACAUCGAGGGGCGUUCGUCUUCGGCGGUGGGAGAAGAUCUGGCACGCCCGGGCAAGAUUCCCUUCCACAUAGGAGCUACCCUCCUCUUCUCCCCAUCUUUUUUUUUUUUUUUUUUUUUUUUUUUUUGUUUGAGGGAGGCAAUCUAUAUUCUUCGUUCGUCCUUGGUUCUUGGUCCUACCGGCGCUCUUGCUUCGAAGAGACGUUCGGUAUCCGCGAAACUCGCAAGGAGGAACAGGUUUAUCUACAUCGAGAUUCCCUAGCUCUUCUUUGUCCGUCCCUGGUCCGUGGUCCUACCGAUCUUCCUACAUCGAAGAAGACAUUCGGUAUCCAAGAAACUCGCAGGGAUCACGGGAUGUCACACAUAAUGGUGGUGGCAUGGCGAACAAAUAUAAUGACGAGGCGAUGGAAAUGCUGGUCGUCAUGCGAAGGCGAAGGUCACCCCCCCUGAAGGGAGGGGUGAGCCCGAUCGCUAACUCAAGAAGGUCGGCAUUGGGAGCCGAUAUACAAUGAUCAUAAUGUCGCUGAGCAGUUGGUCCUGAUAAGGAGAUGACAAUAAUGUCCGAUAAGGCCGAUAUAUCCGAGCAAACGGCUCUCAUCCACGCAGCGCGGGGAUGAAACCGGUCUUCAAAAAGGUAAAUAUGUCGUGCCGAGAGGCCGAACAUGAUAUGACAGUGUCGGCAGUGAGAGGCCGACCUGAAAGAAUCAAGCAACGGCCCUCGUCCGCGAGGGGCAGGGACGAGGCCGGUCUUCAGAAGAUAAGCACGCCGAGCCGAGAGGCCGGUCGUGGUAUAAUGGUGUCGGCAAUGAGCGGGCGAUCUGAGAAAAUCAAGCAAUGGCCCUCGUCCGCGAGGGCGGGGACGAGGCCGGUCUUCAAAUAUGAUAAUCACACCGGGCCGAGAGGCCGGUGGUGAUAUAACGAUGUCGGCAACGGGAGACCGAUCUGAAAUCAAGCAACGGUCCUCAUCCGCGCAUCGCGGGGACGAGGCCGGUCUUCAAAUAAGAUAAUCACGUCGUGCCGAGCGGCCGGUCGUGAUAUAAUGAUGUCGGCAAUGAUAGGCCGACCUGAAAUCCGAGCAACGGUCCUCAUCCGCGCAGUGCGGGGACAAGGCCGGUCUUUAAAAGAUAAACACGCCGUGCCGAGAGGCCGGUCGUGCUAUAAUGAUGUCGGCAAUGAUAGGCCGACCUGAAAUCCGAGCAACGGUCCUCAUCCGCGCAGUGCGGGGACAAGGCCGGUCUUUAAAAGAUAAACACGCCGUGCCGAGAGGCCGGUCGUGCUAUAAUGAUGUCGGCAAUGAGAAGCCGAUCAAAAAUCCGA